AACUUGUGAAAGCCGUCCCUUCUCCCUUGCCCGCUGCUCCUUCGGCGAUGGCGAGACAGAGAGAGCACGGAGCCCUUCUGGAGGAGCCCCCUCCCGCCGCGCCCGCGCCCACCUUGUCCCCCCUGGGCGCCGGCUGCAUCCUGCUGAAGUCCGCCCUGGGAGCUGGCCUGCUCAGCUUCCCCUGGGCCUUCCACAGGGCGGGCGGGGUGGGCCCUGCCUUCCUGGUGGAGCUGGUGUCCCUGGUUUUCCUCGUCAGCGGGCUGGUGGUCCUGGGCUACGCGGCGUCCGUCAGCGGCCAGUGCACCUACCAGGGAGUGGUCCGGGGGCUGUGCGGCCCCGCCAUGGGCGUGCUGUGCGAGGUCUGCUUUGCCGCCAACCUGUUCAUGAUCUCCGUGGCCUUCCUCAGGGUGAUUGGGGACCAGCUGGAGAAACUGGGUGCCUUCCUCCUGCCCGGCGCCCUGCCACCCUGGUACGCUGACCCACGCGUCACCCUGAGCCUGCUGUCCGUGCUGGUCAUCCUGCCUCUGUCCGCCCCGCGCGAGAUCGCCUUCCAGAAGUACACCAGCCUCCUAGGCACCUGGGCCGCCUGCUACCUGACCCUGGUCAUCGUGCUGCAGUACCACCUCCAGCCUGAGGGCCUGGUGCGCCAGCCACGUCUGUCCCCAAGCCCUUCCUCCUGGACCUCUGCACUUAGCGUCUUCCCCACCAUCUGCUUUGGAUUUCAGUGCCACGAAGCCGCCGUCUCUGUCUACUGUAGCAUGCGCAACCAGGCUCUCUCCCACUGGGCACUGGUCUCCGUCGUGUCCCUACUGGGCUGCUGCCUUAUCUACUCGCUGACAGGGCUUUAUGGCUUCCUGACCUUCGGGACGGACGUCGCUGCUGACGUCUUGAUGUCCUACCCAGGCGACGACGUGGCCAUCCUCGUGGCACGAGUCCUCUUCGCCGUCUCCAUCGUCACCGUCUACCCCAUCGUGCUCUUCCUGGGGAGGUCGGUGGUGCAGGACUUCUGGAGGAGGAGCUGCUGCGGAGCGUAUGGGCCCAGGGCCCCGGCGGACCCCUCAGGGCCGUGGGUGCGGAUACCGCUGACCGUCCUGUGGCUGGCCCUGACACUCACCGUGGCCCUCUUCAUGCCCGACCUCAGCGAGAUCAUCGGCGUCAUUGGAGGCGUCAGCUCCUUCUUCAUCUUCAUCUUCCCAGGCCUGUGCCUCAUCUGUGCCCUGGACACCGAGCCCCUGGGACCAAGGGUCAAGUGCAGCCUGGAGCUCUGGGGUGUGGUCUCCGUGCUGGUUGGCACCUUCAUCUUCGGGCAGAGCACGGUGACGGCCGUCCUGGAGCUGCUCUGAGGGCAGGAGGGGUCCUCGCCGCCGAGAGAGGACAGGACUGUGGGUCUGCCCGGGGCCUGGAUCCAGGAAAGGGGGAUGGGCUGGGUGCCCACCCACGUCCACGUCCACGUCCUUGCCGGCACUGACCCCGCCCAGCACCCUCGGAACGUCCUCGACGUUGAUGGACUCAGGUCAUGCUGCUUCUGCCGUGGGCUGUUCCCCCAGCCAGGAUGGGACACCGGCCUCGGGGCAGGCAGAGGGCCAGGCUGCUCCCAGGGGUGACGUCAUGCAACCCGUGUCAUGUCAGGCCGGUGGUGAAUCGGUCAUUUUCUUGUUUGUUUUUCCCAUCUAUCCCCCUGUGGGAACUUUCUUUAUUGAGAUAUGAUUCAUACAGCACGAGUCACUCUUUUCAAGUCUCCAGUUCAGUGGUUUUUAGUUAUUCACAAGG